AAAAUUUAAGUAUAAUAAUAAAACAACCGAUGGUGACAAAAAAAUAACAUAAUUUAAUAAAAAAAAUAUUUUCACCUUUUCAUUUUCGCUAAAAUUAAAAAAAAAAACAAAAGAAAAUCGUUUCAAAUAAAAUAGAUUAUUAAAACAAAAAGUGUUUAGAAUUUUGAAAACAAUCGAUGUUGGUGACAUUGUUUUGAUAAAAUGGCUACAGACGAAACAAAAAAAGAUAAAGAUGUCGAAAUCAGUGGGCGAAUUGAGAACAAUGUUAAGUGCUAUAGUUACGAGGAGGCGUUAGAUAUGACAGGUCAUGGAAAAUACAACAAAGGACUCCUGUUCGCUUGUUUCAUGCUGAUCAUUGCCAUGGGAAUUGACAUCUAUGGCUUAGGAAUUAUUGUCACAGUAGCUACUUGCGAUUUAGGAUUGAAUUUUCAGCAAAUAGGAAUAUUGUCCUCUAUGCCUUUUGCGGGCAUAAUAGUAAUGUCAUAUCCAUGGGGCUACCUCUCAGACACGCGUGGUAGGAAGCUGGUGAUGAUGUGGUCUAUGACCGGUGGCUUCGUCUGUGCUGCUCUCAGCAGCUUGGCGCCGACUUGGCAAGUCUUGGCUGCAUUGCGCUUCGCUAGUUCCGCUCUAUCCAGCGCAGCAGAAUCUGCAACGUACGCUCUUCUCGGAGAAUGUUGUAGCUCAAAGUCUCGAACCAGAUACAUGCUCCUCAUGACAAGUGCCCUGAUGUUGACACCUACCUUGUAUUAUGUAUGGGCUUACUUAAUAACUAAGUUAAAUUUCACUAUAUACAUAAUGGGCAUCGUGUAUCGUCCUUGGCGUCUCCUGACCCUCGUAAUGGCUCUGCCCUUGGGUAUUGGAGCCCUACUAUUGUGGUACUUCAGCGAAAGUCCUAAGUUUCUCGCCAAUGUUGGAAGGACGGAUGAAGCUAUAGCUGUACUAAAACGAAUGUAUGUAAUUAAUGGAGGGGUAGCCGAAAAAUAUCCUGUUGAAAAAAUAUAUCUAGAAGAAGGCAGCAAGGAGCACGUAGAUGGGUUGACUCUCCGCUCACUCUGGGAGCAGAUCGCGCCCCUCUUUAAGCCACCCCUUCUCAAGAGAACGUUACUACUCUAUUAUUUAACAUUUGUUGUUUAUAUCGCAAACAACAGCUUCGCAAUAAUACUCCCAACGAUAUUCAACGUAUUCUUCACGUCGUACGCCAGCCACGGCUCCAGUUCCAGCUUCUGCGAGUUAUUCUCUGACACCGCGAAUAAUGUCACCACCACAAGCGCGAACGCCACAAUCAUUCAACAAGAAUUACAAUGUAACGACUCUAUAUCUGAUAACACAAUAUUUGCGGGUUGUGCUCACGGCUUGUCCUUCUUCGUGUUGAACGCGCUCAUCUCGCAGUGCGCUCGGAAACCGAAGGUGUUAACCAUAACGAUCCUCGUGAUAGCAGCCGUUGCAGCCAUCUUGAUCGAUCUGACCGGGGAAGCGAUCUCCGGACUCCUCUUCUUCUAUAUCUUCCUCACCACCGCUAUGGUGUUCGGCGUUGUGUCUUCAUAUUUCGUUACGUUAUAUCCCACGUCUUAUAGGGGCAUGGUGGCGUGCCUGGGCAUGAUGGUGGCGCGGCUGAGCGCGUUCGGCGGCACCAACCUCGUGAGCGCGCUCGUCGGCCGCGCGUGCGCCGCCACGCUGCACGCCGCCGCCGCGCUCGUGCUCAGUGGUGCCGUCGCAGCAUGGUUCCUGCCUUCAGACACCGGACCAAUAGAAUAACAGUAUUAUUUAUUUAUUUUGAAUUUUAAUGAUCUUUAUCAUAUUUUUAGUAUUUUUAAAACGUUAUUUAUAAUUUUUAAAUUAUUAAAAAUGUUAAUAUAUCUUAAAUUGAUAUUGUGACAUUGUUUAUAAUUUAUAAAAAAAAUGUCAACAGCCCUUUUCGAGUCGCAGUGUGACUUUAGUCACUAAUGUUAAAAAUAUGUUUAUAAACAUAGUAUUAAGUGUAACGCUAAUAAACGAAUGAAGAUAUUUGUUUUUUUUUUCAUUUUAAUAUGAAACGGGGGUAGCAUUUUGAUGUCUUUUGUUUAUACAUAAAAAUGAAAUCAAAAGAUAACACAAU